AUGAGCUUCCACUUUACCGGCGCAGGUCGUGCAAGAGCACCUGUCACUCUCGGUGGUACCUCAACGUUAUCCGCAGACCCUGCGGGCAGUGCAAGGGCGCAACGCCUCGAACGUGAGCAGCAAAGACGUAAACAAGUGGCCUCUGUUCGAAUACAAUCGCAGACCCGGCGUAUCUUACAGUCUCGGCAAGUCAGGUCACAAUGGCAGCACCAGGCUCAGCAGCUCCUGGAACAUGUUGAAGCAGAGCCGUCGGCGUUGCCAGAACUCAUUCUCGGUACCCGAACCUUGCUACUCAGUCUCGGCCCGGCUUCGAGAAAGAUGGACGAGUCAGAUUCUCGGCUUUUUCAAAGCUGGCUUCGGCUCGUCUCCAAACCCACCGAUGGCAAGCACCUUGUCUUUCUUCCAUUUCAAAACGCACAUCAGAUCCACACGCUCGCCGACAGCUGGCCCUCGCUGCUGCGCUUGGCCUGCAAACAUGCUCUUCGGUUCCUUGCCACAACAGCAGCAUCCAGAGGCAGCUCUGCAUCUGCAGCAACAUUCCCGUCCAGUCUAGACAUGGAAAUUCUCGCUUUUCUCGGCCUCAUCACAGGCGUAAACGCCCAAUCACCUGCCAAUUCCAUCUCGUCGGCCAAGCAUGACCAGACAUUGGCCGACUCGCUUCUGUCUCUUCUUCUCGAUCUCGGCCUGCAUCGCACCCUUCGUAAUCACAUCAUCUCCUUUACCGUUCAACAAAAGACGACGGCUACAAGUCUGUCAUCAGCCGUUUCGCUAUCACUGGCGCCCAUUCACUCCUUCAAACUCGCUUAUACCUCCUCUGCGGCCAAAGUGGCACAAGCUGCAACACAGGACGAUGCUAUGGAUAUAGACAAAGAUGUGCAGCGACGGCAAUCAGACAGCUCUGCCCUCGGCCAGAGAGCACUGCACUUCUUUGCUAUUGACAUCAUGACGAUUCCUGCGCUGCGCAAGCGUCUGCCUCUGAACGCCGUCACCGAACUGGCCAAGCAUUUGCCUUUCACCGAUCUGCUCGACUGGAUUACCAUAUUUGAGCCAAAACAUGUACGAUCCGACCAAGUCGACCAUGCGUGCCCUGCCUCGAGCAGUGCAGCAGAGGCAGCUCAAGCUCUCUCUCAGCCUUACUUGCUCUCCAACCUGCUAGCAUUCGGCUCUCAACGUAUCUCGUUCAUAAAGGACGGCGCUUCUCUGGCAAAGUACCUUCAGGCGCUCACCAAUGCCCAAGACUGGCUUCCAAGCUCUGUCUUUGAAGCGCCUCCUGGCAACGCAGGCGCCCUUCCGGCCACUAGCGCGCCCGGCACAUUCUCUUGCAGCAGCAAUGAUCGCAAGGCUGCACGGUCAGAUGCGCUCGAGACCUAUGAGAGGCUGCGCAUCCUCAUCUCUGACGACCACCUUACCCAAAUUCUCGCCAUCUCGAAGCGAUUCCCCACAUCUACUCGAGCGCCGCUGUUCGCCUUCAUCUGCUCAGCCCUCUCUGCGUGGCCGACUGAGAAGCAGGACCACGUUCUUAACCGUCUGCUGUACUCUGGAGCAGAAAUGCAAGCCGCCAACCAGGCCGCCAAGCAGGCACGAUCCAUCGGUCCAUCGGGGACCGGCCUCAUUCGAGAGUUCUGGAGAGGCUACGUUCGCGGCAGUGCGCUCGCCCGCAAUUUAGCCUCCGCGCACGAUAAUACCAAAGCGCGUGAGAUCCUUGCUUCUCUUUCGAGACCAGAUACUGGCAAAGAAUGGCCUGCGCUCGUUCUGGUUCUCGAGAUGCUUUCCAAGGUGCUCCUCACGCUUGGCGAUGACGAGUUCUUUUCGACCGUGGACGAAAAUUUCGGCGGUGGCGCUCGUUCAAAUGUGGCCUGGCUCUCGCGCGACGAAAUCCUGAGCAUCAGCGGCCUUUUGCGCAACGUAGCAUUUGCUAUGUAUUGGUACGAGGGCAAAUCUCGGCUGGUUAACCUCGACGGUGGCGAUAUGGGAGGCAUCAAGGUUCAGGGUUACACCCCGCGAGUGCCUGGCAUGCGAAUGACGCUUUUGUCGCUUCGAACGCUGGUGACCACCUUGCUCAAGCAGCUGCAUUCGCGAGACUCGAGGCACCGCUUUGCGCCUACCGAUCAUUGGUUGAUGGUGAGCCAUCUCGAUCUCAAUGAUUUCAUGCGCACCGUCGUGCUCGAGGAGGAGCAGCUCAGCAGCGAACAGCAGCAGCAACAGCAGGAUGAAGGGUCCGCUGGCCCCGCUGCGACUACAACCGAUUCCCUGCAUUCCACCGCGUCUUCAGCAGCGCCGAUGAUCGAGGAUUCUUCCGGAGACGAGGCUUCGAACGAUGAGGAUGACGACAGGCGAUCGCGCCAACCUCUAGCUCGUCUGCAACAGCUGCGCGCGCAGGGCGGCGCCCGAAACCGUCACCUCACCGCGCUCAACUUGGCCUUCCUUUCGCCACGUCUCGGCAUCUUGAACAAUGUGCCGUUCAUGAUCCCCUUUGACGUGCGCGUGCAGAUCUUCCGCCAAUUCGUCAAUAUCGAUGCAGUGAAAAACGGCAUCUACGCGGACCGGUACCAACGACGACGAGCUGUGAAAAUUCGACGAGAUCAUGUGGCGCAGGAUGGAUUUGUCAGCUUGUUUCCCCUGGGUGCUGAACUCAAGAAGCCGCUCGAGAUCAUCUUUGUCGACCAAUUCGGCCAACCGGAAGCUGGCAUUGACGGCGGCGGAUUGUUCAAAGAGUUUCUCACGUCGCUGGUGCGAGAAGCAUUCGACACGAAUCGCGGACUGUGGAAGGCAACAGAUGCUCAGGAGCUGUAUCCGAACCCGCACACGUACGCAACAUCGUCGGACCAACUCGAGUGGUACGAAUUUCUUGGGCGUGUGAUUGGCAAGGCGCUGUAUGAAGGCAUCUUGGUCGACGCCAAAUUUGCCGGCUUCUUCUUGUCGAAAAUGCUUGGCAAGCAGUCGUACCUUGACGACCUGGGCUCGAUCGAUAGCCUGGACAAGGAGCUGUACAAGGGUCUCAUCUCGCUCAAAAAUUACCAGGGCAAUGUGGAAGACCUUUCGCUCAACUUUACUGUUACUGACGAGGAGUUUGGCGUCAGCAUGACGCGCGAGCUGGUGCCUGGCGGCGCCAACAUCCCUGUCACCAAUCUUAACCGGAUGGAGUACAUCUUCCGCAUCUCACACUAUCGACUUUCGACGCAGAUCCAGCAUCAGUGCACUGCCUUCUUCAAUGGUUUGGCUGACAUUGUCAACCCUCGCUGGCUGCGAAACUUCAACCGCGAAGAACUGUCAAUCCUGAUCUCAGGCACCGAGGAUCCGGUGGACAUUGACGAUCUGCGUAAGCACACCGUGCUCGGUGGAUACCACGAAGCGGAUCUGACAGUGCAGCAUUUCUGGAAGGUAUUGGAAGGGUUCGACCAGCGCAUGCGCAAGGCUUUCCUCAAGUUUGUCACCAGCUCGCCCAAUCCGCCGCUGCUCGGAUUUAGUCAGCUGAACCCGCUGUUUGCGAUCAGAAAGGCGGGCGAUGAUACGAGCAGGCUGCCGACGGCGAGCACGUGUGUAAACAUGUUGAAGCUCCCCGAUUAUGCGGAUGAACAGACGUGCGAAGAUAAGCUCAGGUAUGCGAUCCAGAGCGAAGCUGGGUUUGAUCUGUCCUGA